AUGGCAUUAAAACACAUUUAUAUCGCCAGACAUGGAUAUAGAAUGAACUGGUUGCCACCCCCACACCCUCCCAAUCCUACUGGGAUUGAUAGUGAUCCUCCGUUGGCACCCCACGGAGUUGACCAGGCUAAGGAACUAGCUGAGUAUAUUGCGUCGCUCCCUCAUAACCAACAACCUCAAUUCAUCUUGAGUUCUCCCUUUUAUAGGUGUGUGGAAACCGGCGAGCCCAUAAGCAAGGCUCUCGAUAUCCCAAUUGUAUUGGAGCGGGGUGUUGGUGAGUGGUAUAAGGUUGGUAGAGGAGUGAUUCCUGAACCUGCCAACUACGAUGCGCUAUCCAAGUUUUUCAGUCAUUUAUCUAAUGCAGACGAAUGGGAUAGGGACAAGACGGUGGGAGUGGUUCCCAGUUUGACGGGAGAAACCGAAACCGACAUUUUCGCCCGGUGCAAGUUCUUCUGGAGCAAGUUUUUCCUGGUGUUCGAGUCAAAGUAUCCGCACAUCGAGAACAUUCUCAUCAUCACCCACGCUGCCACCAAGAUCGCGUUGGGUAUGUCGUUGAUGGGCUUCAACGAUGUGUUUGAGUACUUGGAUAAGGACGAAACGGUGUUGAGGGCAGGGGCCUGCUCCUUAGACAAGUACCAAAAAGUCGGGGAAACUUGGGAACUCAAAAUGAACGGCAACUGUGAGUUUUUGAGCCAAGGAGAAGAAAUGAACUGGGACUUCCACUCCGGAUUUGAAGCUGGAUCCGAUGAAGAUAUCAAAGCUAGAAGACUCGCGGCCGAGAGAGAGAAACAAGCAAAUCAAGACAUGCAAGUACGUAGAUAG